AUGAAGAAAACAACACAAGUUUUUAUUCUUCUAUGUUUGCUUCAUGUACUUCUAUGUCUCUCCUCUCAGAUUCGUGUCACAGAGGCUAGACUCAGUCACCUAGGUGAGAGUCGGUCACUGAUAGCGAAGAAACCAAGCAUAUGCGUGAAACCCUCACCACCAUGUCGAGCUCCUCUGAGAAGUGGAAGUGUUUUACAAGUUAUUUGUGGGAGUACUUACGAUAACAACAAACGCCGUAUGCUCAGCCGUCUUAGCUCAGUGGUUCAUGUCACACAAGCUAGACUCCGUCACCUAGGUAAGGCCGCUGUGAUAUGCACAAGACCUCCACCACCAUGUGGAGAUUCUCCCAAGUCAAGUGGAGCUACGAGAAACAAAGAUAAGCCUUGUAACACCAUUAAAAGACCUCCUCCUCCUAGUUGCUCUUGA